GAUCGGGGUGGCGGGAUGAGGCCGCUGUUGCCCCUGCGGCUCCGGCGGGCGGCGGCCGGGGCGCUCCCGCGCUGCUUCGGCAAGGCCCGGCGCGGGGGGUCCGCCUGGCGGCUCUCCAUCGAGGGCAACAUCGCUGUGGGCAAGUCCACUUUCUUAAGGCUGCUGGGAAAAACCUUUCCAGAAUGGCAAAUGGCUACAGAACCUGUGGCAAAAUGGCAAAAGGUUCAAGCUUCCAGUACCAGAGAGACCUCGUCUUCUCAGAACUUUGGCAACCUGCUUCAAAUGGUCUAUCAGGAGCCUUCUCGGUGGUCCUAUACGUUCCAGACAUACUCCUGCAUGAGUCGACUUAAGGCCCAGCUGGAGCCCCUUUCAGAGAAGCUGUUGAAGACCCCGGAUCCAGUGCAGAUUUUUGAGAGAUCUGUAUACAGUGAUAGGUACAUCUUUGCUAAGAAUCUCUUUGAGCUUGGCCACCUCACUGAGAUUGAAUGGACCAUUUACCAGGACUUGCACACCUUCCUCCUACAAGAGUUUGGGGAUCGAACUGCUCUGCAUGGCUUUCUGUAUCUCCAGGCAACUCCAGAGAAAUGUCUGGAGCGGUUGCACCGAAGGGGGAGGCCUGAGGAGAAGGCGAUCCAGCUGGAAUAUCUGGAGCAGCUUCACACUCAGCAUGAAAACUGGCUAGUAAAGAAAACCACGGAAGUCCACUUUGAAAACCUAAGGAAUGCUCCAGUCUUUGUGCUUAAUGUCAAUCAUGAUUUUGAGGAUGACCCAGCAGAACAAGAAGAGCUCAUGAGGAAGCCAUCUGUUAUGUACUGUCCUAUCAGCUUGGACUGUUCCUGCAGCAAUAUCACCUUAUUCUCUGAUCCAAUUUCACCCCAUAAGCUAAUCAGUCAGGCGAGGUCAGCAAUUGGACAAGAGAUCUCCAGGUGCUUUGUAUGUAUGCUAGCUACUGUCUCCAGCAUCCUGGCUUGGUAUUAAGAGAUGCUGUGCUGCUAGAGGUGAUGACUUAUAGAUAAGACGUAAAACUAAAGGCCUGAUUGCUGUGAGAUCUUCAGUGUCACACUUCUUGAAAGGCAUAGUUUUCACCUCUUGGCCAAGUGCCAUAUCAGGUAAUAACAUGCUAUCUGUGUAAAUUCCCACUGAAGUUGCUGUUGGAUACGAUUUUCCAGUUUCCUUCCCUAAACCAUAGCAUUUUUGUAAGCUGUUAAACAACUGAUGGGUUUCACCCCAGAAAUACUGUAGGGAUAUUUAAAGGUUUAUAUUAAACAUGGUUUAUGUGAGAAAUGAUUUAUUGAUUUAUUGUUAAUACUUUAGAACUUAAGGUUUACACUUUAGAACUUAAGGUUUAUGUUAGAAGUAAAUUUGUAAUGAUUUAUUGUUAGAAAUAGCUGUGUCUGUGUGAAGCCAAAGAGAUACUUUGUAUAAAACUUGUUAAAUGUCAAUAGACUCUAAGCGUCUGUUCUCUAAGUGAAACUUUGUAGUGCUAAAUUGGUCAAUUGAUUCAGCGCGCAAGCCGUCAAUUGACCCUAUGCCUCAGGCAAAACUGUAUAAUUACUACAAAUAGAGACCCCCGCCUCUGUAAAUUCAUUUUUAUCUAAAGAUCAAGAGUGUAUGUGAAUGAGUGCCUAGUUU